UGGAAAUUUUGGAGAUUAAGCACACAGUAGUCUGUGUUCCAGAUAUGUUCCUGAGAAGUUUGGCUCAGUUAAAACCUGACUUGCUGUUUCACUCCUGCAUCUCUACUCCUAUUUCACAAAGCAGUGUUUAAGUACCAGGUUGCUCCUUCAAGCUGGCCAAAAGAUGGGGGAAUAUUUGGAUUCCAACUGGUCUUAUAGUGGUGAUGCCCAGAGGUCCCUUUCUGCCAGGUCUGUUAGGAUACUGUGCUCUCAUAUGACAGCAGGAAGGGAGAGGGUGACCAACGAGCUUUAGCAGCUCUUUGUUUCUCAGGGCUGUCCUAACACCUAUUGUGCAGACGUGUCUGAAGUCCUCGGGGCCCCUCACCCACCAAGAGUCUAUGAAACAGUGAUGCUGACUGCAAGGACAGCUUUCCCCAUCCCACCAUCAAUGUUCCCAAUGAUAUGGGAAUUGUGAUCACCUUCCUGUACUUCCUCUCUAUCUCCUGUAUUGACUGGGGCACACAGAGCCCUACGCAACUCCCUGUCAUGGUGUCUGACUGGGCAUCCAGGUGCAGGGCCCCAGGUUGGGAUGGACUUGGGCAUGCACCACCUCUGCCAGGCCUGGUUUCCAAAGCACAAGCAGAUGGGGUCGUGGUGUUUCUGCACAGAACAUUUGUUAGAGCGAGUUUCCUGCUGGAAGUUCACCAAAAAAAGGCUCUCUCCCACAAAAAUGUGGAGAGACCAAGAUCAACAUAUAUGAGCUCUGUUUUGAACUCUACUGAGUUGCUAUUGGCUUCCAUGAGAACUGUUGCUGCUACACACCAAACAGACUCAGGCUCCUCAUUCAUCUUUAACGAAAGUUUUCCUGGAGAUCAAAAAUAGUUCUCUGCAUUUACAAGGCUGAUUCAUGGCAGCUUUGAUGUAAACUGCUUCAGAAAGCCACGCACCAGGUGAGCAGAGAAGCCAGCUGGCUCUUCUAGCUAGAGAUACAAUAAUCCUCAUCUAUAUUCAUGCAGGCAAAUCUCUUUCCGUUUGAUGAGAUCAUGCAAUUAACCUCUUUGCAGCAGGCAGAGCUAGGACUCACUGGGUGUUACCAGUGUGCUUUGUGAUCACCUCUGUGGUGGUACCACUUUGACACUCAUGUCAGUAGCACAGGUAGUGACAGGCUGGAGAGAGUGAAUGCCUUGCCGGUGGUCAGCACUGCAGCAGUAUGUUUAAAGCCACUUAGAGUCCAAAUACUCCUGUAUCUUUUGGGCAGCUUGAAGGAGUAAUGUGGUGCUCCAAAGCUGCUUUGUGAGAUGGGAGUCAAGAUGUAGGAGAGCAACUACAAAAUCCACUUCUUUUUGGUUUGUUCUGUAGAAGCGAAGCUCUGGGUGAUGCAGAUUUUGAGGGGGAAGCUCUGGAGCCCCAUUUUCCAUAUGUGUUAGCAGAGCAGAGGUGGGGCAUCCCAUCCAGUGUGGGAGGCACCCAGCAGCCCUGCUGAAUUUGCAAACAGGUUCACAGAGCUCAACCAGCAAGUCCCCUUCCUGCCAGGGCACAGAUUGCUCUGGGCAGAGCACAGCCAAGGCAGCACCUGUGCCCAGCAGCCAGGAGGACUGGUGACAGGGAGACUUCAGAAAUGAGGACAUAGAGAAGAAUGGAGUGAGAUUUAGCAAACGGGAAACAUCCCAGGUCCCAGGGACACAAGGAAGAGCGAGAGGACACAAACCUUGAAGUUCUGCAAGCAGCAAAAUAAACAGGAAAAAAAAAAAAUUGCAUUUCCUGCAUUAAAUAUUGGGGCUGUCAGAGCAUGUAAGUGAAUUACUGAACGGUACAGAGACUUGCUGAUGUCCAUUUUUGCAGAGAGGGUCUGAAAGAAUGAAGUAAACCAAAGGCUCAGCUUGGACCACUAUAGGGGAGGAAUUGUUUCAGGAGGAAAAUGGACAAGUUUCGGAUGGUCUUCCAGUUCCUCCAGUCCAACCAGGAGUCCUUCAUGAGCGGCAUCUGUGGGAUCAUGGCCCUGGCCAGCGCCCAGCUGUACUCAGCCUUUGAUUUCAACUGUCCCUGCCUGCCACGCUACAACCUGGCCUACGGGCUGGGCGUCCUCCUGGUGCCUCCCCUCAUCCUUUUCCUGCUGGGCUUUGUGCUGAACAACAACGUGUCCAUGCUGACUGAGGAGUGGAGGCGACCCCAGGGCCAGCGGGGGAAGGAUGCGGCCGUUCUGCGCUACAUGUUCUGCUCCGUGGCGCAGCGGGCCAUGAUCGCCCCAGCUGUCUGGGUGUCAGUGACACUGCUGGAUGGGAAGUGCAUCACGUGUGCUUUCUGCACCGCACUGCCCGUGGAGGCCCUGGGCAAUGCCAGCCACCAUAGCCUCCCCCAGGGAGAGAUGAAGCGGGUCCUUGCCCGCAUCCCCUGCCAGGAGAUCUAUGAUGGGCAGGAGCUCGUUGCCAAUGAAGUGGCCAUCAGGUACCUGCGCUGCAUCUCACAGGCCCUGGGCUGGUGCUUCGUGCUGCUGAUGACCACGCUGGCAUUCUUGGUCAGAUCUCUCCGACCCUGCUUCACCCAAGCUGUCUUCCUUAAGAGCAGGUAUUGGUCCCACUACAUUGACAUCGAGCGCAAGCUUUUUGAUGAGACCUGUGCAGAGCACGCCAAGAGCUUUGCCAAGGUCUGCAUCCAGCAGUUCUUCCAGAGCAUGAGCAAAGACCUGGUGGCAACUCACUGCCACCCACCCAGAAAAGCCCCUACAGAUGCUGGGGAAGCUUCAGAGAAACUUUUAGGCAUCACCGACUGGGGCACCAUGAACACGGCCCUGAAAAGCUGGCACAGGUGCAAGCCCCCGCUGCACCUCCACCCAGCUGCACCCCUCAGCAGCAAUGGCUGGGCUGGGGAAUGGCUGCCCCCCGCACAACCCCCCACACAGCCCUCUGCUCCCCGGCGGGAAGCUGUGGCCUAUUACAGCGGGGUGUGAGCAGAAGCAGAGCCACGCUUUUGGGAGAAGGACUGUGGGGUGACAAGCACCCAAAGGGCAGCACUGGCACCCAGGUGACCCCGUCUGCUCCCCAUAUGCAGCCCUACAGCCUGCGUAAUGCAGACAAUGAGCUCUGGGUUGAACAAGGCAGCUGGCCAAGGCCUCGAUGUGACAGAUGAGCCGUGGGGAUGCUGGGGCACGUUGUGCAUCCCGUGGCACCAUGCCACAGGUUUGUGUGGAAGCAGUUGCUGACGUAUAUGUACAAAACUUCCUUUCUUUCAUCACAUGCACUUCAUGGCCUGUGACAGAGCUGGAGCGGGAAGAGCUCCCUGCAACACCAAGGAGUGCUGUGCAUUUGGGCAGCAUUGCAAGCUGGGCUGCCUGUCUCCCCAUCAGCCCCCCGUGCACUGACCCCUACACACACAUGCAGUUUCCAGGCCAUGAAAAGAUUUAAAAUAAAGGCGAUGCAAAAAAUAAACCAGUGAAGGGGUAUAUCCUACAUUGUGAGGGGAGCAGUAUGGUUGGUGUCAUGGGUACGGCUCAAGGGGAAACUCCUGAAACAGGCUGCCUGGACCAGGAGAGGUGGGGGCCAGGCUGACCCUCCUGCCAAGAACUUUCUGCAGGAUGCUCCAUUCUUGCAGCUUCAUCUGGAUUCCUCUCUGGCAUGAAGAUGAA